GACGGAUCUAUUCCUUUAAUAACUGUGACGGGUCAUAGGGAUUUACAGAAUUGGUCUCUCUCAAAUUAGUGAGAUAUCCAUUGAAGCGCACUCAACGUUCUCUAUUGAAGCGCAGUUGGCGAUCUCCGUUGAAUCUAGUUCUUGUAUCCCCCAUUGAAGCAACUUCUGAGUGUGAUAAUUAUGUAGGUGUGAAUUGAAGUAAAUCGAAGUCAAUUGGUGUUAAAUUAUUAUGGGGGAUUUGAUGUAUGAAAUUGGGCAAAAUGCGUAUAUAAAGCUAGUGCUACACGCCUUAAAGCAUAAGGAGAGCUCUGUGAAUGGGGUUUUCGUUGGCCGCUUUGAUGGUGGCAAGGGUGUGGUCGAAAUUGUUGACGCUGUCCCUCUUUUUCAUUCUAACAUUGGUCUUCUCCCUGCCCUUGAGAUCGCCCUCAUUCAGAUAGAAGAGCAUUAUGCUAGUCAGGGUUUGAGCUUGGUGGGUUACUUCCAUGCAAAUGAAAGAUCUGAUGACAACGAUCUUGGUAAUGUUGCCAAGAACAUUGGAGAUCAUCUUUGUCGAUACUUUCCUCAGGGUGGAGUUCUUUUGUUGGACAAUAGCAAACUGGAAGCGUUACCAAAAGUGAAAGAUCGUAGCCCUGUAAUGCAGCUAUAUUCAAAAAAUGGUUCCACAUGGAAAGUAGAGGAGAGUAAUCGGCUGGUACUAAAGGAGCCAUCAGCAAACAUAAUAUUGCUGGACUAUGUGUCAACUCAGAAAUGGGAGGACAUUGCAGACUUUGAUGAUCACCUCGACGACAUUAACAAGGAUUGGCUAAAUGCUCAUUUAUUCAAGUGAGAUUUUUAAAGCUAGACAGCAUUCAUCUGAGUAUGUCCUGUUUAAUUUUGUAUGCAAUUUGGAGCAAAGGAAAAUUAAACGAAAAGAUGAAUUAUAGGUUCAAAUCUUAUGAAUUUUCUCCUUGUUUUUAAGCUUAAUUUUUUUUUUUGGUAAUUCUAAUGAAUUAUUUGUAUUGCCUUUUGGCUUUUUUUACAUUGCCAAUAGCAGCUAAUCAGGAUUUUGACAAACUCGUA